UUUGCCUUCAUUCCUUCUCCAUCACUAAAUUAUGCUCUUUGCCUCCUUAUCAUCAGUUUUGUUCACAACUUUUGCUAUAUUAGAUUUUGCUAAGGACAAAGCUUCAGAAAUUUCUCUUCUGCAAUUAGGGUUUCCCUUUUGAGUGGCUUCAUCAGUAGUGGUAAAGAACUUUUUUGUUACUUUUGUAACCAGUUUUCUGAGAAGAAGGUAAAAAAAGGUACUUCACUUUUCAUUCUUCUCAUCAGAGAAUUAAACCUAGAUCACACAUACAGCUUAGAGAGGAAAUAUGGCUUCAUCCAGCUGCUACAACUCCCCUUGUGCUGCCUGCAAAUUCCUUAGGAGAAAGUGUCUGCCUGGUUGCAUCUUUGCACCUUAUUUCCCACCUGAGGAGCCACAUAAGUUUGCCAAUGUCCACAAGAUCUUCGGGGCCAGCAAUGUGACCAAGCUUCUAAACGACCUCCUCCCUCACCAGAGAGAGGACGCCGUCAGCACUCUGGCCUACGAAGCCGAGGCCAGAGUUAGAGAUCCUGUUUAUGGGUGUGUUAGCGCGAUCACCUUCCUCCAAAGGCAAGUCGAGCGCCUCCAGAAGGAGCUCGAUGACGCUAAUGCGGAUUUACUCCGCUAUGCUUCUUGCAAUGACGUGUCCGCGCCACCAGUUAUUGGCCCUCAGGAAAUUGGCUCAUCACUUCAUAACAUGACACUUAGUAGGAGAAUGGGGUAUGAUCACGGAGGAGGUUAUCAUUUCCCUUAUCCUCCCUCAUCAUGGAAUGAUCAAAACCCUUCUGGAGGAGGAGGAAAUAUUUGAGCCUAAUUUAUAGAGGGUUCAUGUUUCUUGGUCAUUUGAAAGAAGUUCUGUGCUUUUUAACUAUCACUACUACUACUACCACUAGUGCUAUGGUUUUCUAGCUAGUCCUCCUCACAUGCAAUUUCCUAGCUAGACCAUUGAGUCACUAUGGCGAAAAUUUGGGAUUUUUAGACUUUUAGUAGUUGCGUGCUGCUAGAAAAAAAGUCAUUCUCUAAGUGUUUUAUGACUAUAAUGUGUCAUCUUCAGAGACUACCUAAGAGGUGGAGGUAACUCUAUGGCUGCUAUAUCUUCUGUUUGUGUUACUUUUAUUUGAGAGUACUCUAGAAAAAUGUCUAUGUGAAGAGUCCUAUUUUAUGGGAUUUGCUUAUAUUAAUAGUAAUAAAUUAUUUCAUGUCAUUGUAAAAGGAGAUUCUCACUAGCACGAGUAUGUAGGUAAUUAAAUAGAUCCUA